ACGCUAGAUAAAUAUCAAUUACAGCUUCGAUCAAUUUGUGUAAACUAAACAAUGAUACGUAUUAAUUAUGGGUAGGUAUACAUGCAGUUAUUUAAACAAACAUUAAUUAAUCAGUAUUUUACAACUAUUUGUCUAAUGUUAUUACUCAUGGAAUAUUGGUAUGUAAUACAAACAGAAAUUCAAACGAGAUAACCCUAAUUGUUUCCGCGUUUGAUUGGCAUGCCAGCAUGUUUGCACCACGUGAUCGCCGAAGACGAAAUUGGAUUAGACAAUGCGGACGUUGUAUACUUUACUUUGUGUAUUGGCAAUAAAUGUCGUUCAGAUAAAGGCAGGACUGAACGAUUAUUUACAUGACUAUGUUAAAGAUGGACGCCCCGUUGACGGACCCUUCCCAGCCAAUCUUAAGAAUAUGCCAUACAUGUGCUACCAGGUGCCUUCGAAAGGACCUUGUAGCAAUAUGCAGGUGGCCUGGUUCUACGACAUCGUCAGAAGGAGAUGCAUGAGAAUGUUUUACUCUGGUUGUGGAGGAAAUGAAAACAAAUUUGCCACCCAACGCUCCUGCGAGCUGACUUGUAAUAAGGACAGAGCGAUGUAGCAAUGUAUUAGAGUAUCUUGUAAAAUAUCUAGGAGUAGGUACUCUAUAGUUGGCGCUUCGGAAUUGAGAACAAUUCGGAUAUUCUCUAUGUAAGGCAACUCUGUUUUUUUUCUGUUGUCCUAAAUGAUGCUAAAUUUAAAUUCGUAAGCGUAUCGAGUGUGACUGACGCUGAUGUGCUAAAUAUUUAAAAUCCGUCGUAAAAUUUUGACAAGAAAAAACGAGAAGCUUUUUAUGGCAUGGCUUUUUAUAUUGUA